AAAAAUUGCCUUCAUUUUGCGUUGCUGACCGAAGUCAGCUGAAGAAAUGGAACGCACUGUUGUUUUGUGGACAUGUCAUGUUGGCAGCGAAACCCCCCCAGUUGUUGUCUGCUUUUGUAAAUACGGGACAGAAGGACAACUGCAGCACACAGUCCGAGUCGAAGCGACACCAAAUCGACAUUUUUGAGCAUUCGCCAAAUUCUGCUUUGCUGUUUCGGUUCGCAGCGUUCUGCACCUGGUCGAAUAUUUAGUCGCCUUACUAAACAGUGCUUCUUUGAGUCAGAAUCAAGGUGAAAUAACAUCAAAAUGGAGUCGGCUAGUUUAAAGAUGUUUACCCUUUUAGUUGUAUGCCUUCUCGCACUGGACUGUGUAUUGGGCUCUGAAGAUCAGGAUCACUAUAAAGUUUUAGGAGUGGAAAAGACUGCCACUUUGAAACAAAUUAAAAAGGCAUACAAACAGUUAGCUCUGAAGUAUCACCCCGAUAAGGUGCGUGACAAGAGCAAAAAGAAGAGUUCUGAGGAAAAAUUCUUCAAGAUAAAUCAAGCUUAUGAAACCCUCUCGGAUCCAGACAAGAGAAAAUUGUACGAUAUGCAAAAGACUGGUAACCCCAAUCCCUUUUCUUCUGGUUUUGGUGGUCAACAUUUCGGUGGGCAAGGAGGUCAUGAUUUUGGAUUUGAAUCCAUGUUCUUUGAUAACUAUGCCCGUCCUCAAAGACCUUUCCAAUUCGCUAGUGACUUCCCUGGCGGUAACUUCUUUUCAUUUGAUAGCAUGUUUCCCGAGGAUCACAACUCUUUCUUCCAAGAGCAUACUUUUGGAGAUGGGAGCUCUUUCUUUGGGAGUCAUUAUGGUGGUCACUCAGAUCAUCAUGAAAACCACUAUGCUCAUCACCAACAGGCGCAUCAAGGCCAUAGAAGACAACAGCACCAGGGUGGUCACUUCUCUGAGCAGAGAGCAUGCAAAACUGUCACUCAGAGAGUUGGCAAUGUGGUGACAACUUAUAUGCAGUGCUCUUAAAUAUAUUUUAUUUUCAAUUUAGGUUUUUAAAAUUAAUUGUGAGGCUGUUUUUAAAAUUAGAAAUCAAAACUCAACCUAUUAAGAAAAAUUGGGGAGGGGCUGGGGGAGGAAAGGCCUUGAUUUUAUAAAUUCUGGGAAACAUUUUUUCGGAGGAAUAUCCAGUUUCUUGCCACAAUUCGGCUCACAGCUUUGUUUAACUAUUUUAUGGUUCGACCUACACACAUUAAUAAGUCCUUUAAACUGUGAUAUUUGUAAUAAGGUAGGCUUAACAGUUGGUCUUAUAUUCUGUAUUUGUACCUUAUUUGAUCUACAUCAAAAAUGUUAGUAUGGAAGCGAAUGGUCUGAAUGUUCUCUCAAUCAAUAAUCCUUUGAUUCUAUGCCAUUGGAUGGAAUAGUAAAGAAAUUAUGUGGAAGCUAUUUCCACUUUAGUGCCUUGAAAGUAUAAGCAAUGUUGACUUUCUGUGAUGUUACUGCAUAUUUGGCUAAAAUAGCAGGAGUAAACUUUAGGUUGGAACAAUCUAUCAUUUUGAGAAAUGAUGAUCAAUAUUAUAGUAUAAAUGUCUGCAAUACUGGUACUGAAGUAGUCUUUGUUUUGGAAUUUGUAAAAUAAUUUUACAAAGGAAUUACAAUCAAAAUUAAU